AAUGCCAGAAGCUUAAAUAACUGUUCAAUAUAGUCAUAGCUGCCCUGUUUCUUCUAUAUAGAAAUAGAACUGCUUUUUCUUUGGCUAAGAAACCAUGGAAAUAGGAAAUGGAUUCUGCGAUUCCCGCGCGAAAGAAGGUUCUAUCGAUGACGACGGGUAUGUGAAACCGGAGAACAGAGAAAAAACGGGUGGAUGGAGAGCAGGAUCCUUGCUGCUCGUAAGCGAAGGACUAGCUGCGCUUGCAUUUACGGGAGUAGAAGUGAAUAUGGUUCUUUUCGCCAAAUUAGUACUGAGGCAAUCGAAUGCAGAAGCAGCGAGCACGUUUAGUACAUGGAUGGGAACUCUCAACAUCUGCACUUUGUUCGGUGCUUUUCUAAGCGACUCGUACUUAGGACGACACAUGACUUGUGUUGUUUUCCAAGUUGUUCUAAUCAUUGGAUUGGUGCUUUUGUCUCUGUCGACUCAAGAAUUCAUGCUCGAACCGAAAGGGUGUGGAAAAAAUGGCGUCCUCUGCAACCAACCUUCACCGGCUAAAACUGCAAGUUUCUACAUAUCAGUGUACUUGUUGGCACUUGGAAGCGGGGCGAUAGAGCCGGCUCUGGCUGCAUUGGGUGCUGAUCAGUUCGACGAGGAUGAUUCUGAAGAGAAUAAAUCGAAAACAACAUUUUUCAGCUAUUACUAUGUGGCCCUCAACGUCGGAUCGUUGAUUGCAGAAACGGUGUUGGUUUACAUCGAAAAUUUAGGAAAAUGGGUGCUGGCUUUCUGGAUAUCGACGUUCUGCGGAUUCUUGGCUUUAGUAUCUCUGCUGGUCGGGACUUCUAGGUAUCGGCACACUCGACCCUGUGGCAAUCCGAUUUCAAGAUUCUCUCAGGUGAUCGUUGCUUGUGUUAGAAAAGUAAAGCUUGACGUGCCAUCGCGUGGCGAAGGGCUGUAUGAAGAUGGAUGCACUCGACGAAUAUUACAUACUGAUGAUUUCAAAUGUUUGGACAGGGCAGCCGUGGUGACGCCGUCGGAGAGGAUCUUGUUGUCGAGGAAAGGACAGACUCCGAAUCCGUGGAACUUGUGCACGGUGACGCAGGUCGAAGAAGUAAAAUGUGUCCUGAGGUUGCUUCCCAUAUGGUGCUGCUCGAUCGUGGCGUCGAUUGUAUUCGUGCAGGUCCUUUCGCUCUUUGUCGAGCAGGGAUCAGUGAUGGACACGAAGAUAUCGAAUUUCCACAUCCCCCCGGCGAGCAUGACCGCCUUUGACAUUAUCAGCACGUCUACUUUCAUCAUCUGCUACGAGAAGGUCAUCGUCCCGUUGUACGUUAAGCUGAUGAAGAGGUCGCUGAGGACACCAACCGAGCUACAGAGGAUGGGGAUCGGGAUGGUGAUAUCGAUUCUCGCCAUGAUCGUAGCCGGCCUGGUCGAGCAAGGUCGACUGAAGUAUGCUAAUGGCAGGGAAACAAGCUCUCUCAGCAUAUUCUGGCAGAUCCCGCAGUAUGUGCUCGUGGGAGUCUCCGAAGCGUUCAUCUACGUCGCGCAAUGGGAGUUCUUCGCGUCGCAGAUCCCCGAGGGGCUAAAAAGUUUCGGGCUUGGUUUAUCCAUGUCAUCUUCGGCUUUGGGGAGUUAUCUUUGCAGCAUAAUAGUGACUCUUGUUAUGAAGGUGACAUCGAAGCACGGUAAGCCCGGAUGGAUAUCGCCAAAUUUGAACGAAGGGCAUAUGGAUCGGUUUUUCUUCUUAUCGGCGGCGUUGAUUGCUUUAGAUCUCGCGCUGUUCAUCACCUGCGCGAAUCGGUUUAAAUGUAUGCAGCAAGAGAAGCGCGGCGGCGUAAAAGAAGCUCCCGCCGUGCCUUGACCGGCCGGGACG